GGCUUCCUGCACGAUCUCGACCAUGGCUUCGACUGGAAGGAGUUCCUACGAGAAGAGGGCUACGAGGACACGCUGGAGAGCUGGGAGCAGUUUAUUUGGACGAACAAGGGUAUACUAAGGGAAGACGUCUCUGGCCUGGCGCUUGUUGCCAACGCUGGGCAAGAGCCACUCUCUAAUUCCGGCAACGAGAACAUGCUUGACCCCGCGCGCACAGUUAUCAUCUCCAAGGGCCGGAAGCAGCGGCGCGCCGAGAAAAUUCUUGCGGAAGAAAAGACAACUACGGGUAAAGAGUAUCUUGUGAAGUGGAAGGAUUUCGAAGACGAGGACAACACAUGGGAGCCGAUCGAAACCGCCCGGCAGCUCGCAGCGAUGUCAGACUGGUUGAGCCGGCGACGUGAUCAGCGUGCUCAACUGUCAAUCCCAUACAUCAAUGCUCGCCACGCAGCAGAACACGGCGGUGAGGCAAGCAGGGCUGUGUUGGUUAGCGAUGCCGGCAUGUCUGAAGGCGAGACGAGGAACAGGAUGUAUUACAACUUGAAGCAACGCACAGGAACGUUCUACUUCAUGGCUGUGGAGGUGCUUCGCGGCGGCGUCAUUCAUCAAGCACGGCAUGACCUGGAGUCGUUCUUUUGGCUCUUGGUCUGGCUCGUUUUCAGGCACACAAGACAUAAUCGCUCUGAUCCGCAUGCUCUGCUGAGGGCCUUAUUCGACGGACCUAGCGACUUUACUUGCGCCCUCAUGAAGAUAGGCUUUCUGGGGAGUAGCUUUGCUGUCCACGACAACGAACCUCUGAGCGCUCUCCUCGAUGAGUUCUCGACCCUUUGUGAAGGAAACUUCCACAAGAGGGCUUCGAAGACAGCCCCAAGCCCGUUGACAUACGACGCCGUGCUGGAUAUUUUUGACCGGGCUCUCGCUCGCACGGACUGGCCGGAAAACGACGCGGCAAUCCCUUUCAAGCCUGUCGAGGACACUGACACGGUGCCGUUUCAUGACGCACACUACCGGAGUACCUGGAUGUCCACCGGCAGUCAGAUGAUCUCGGGGGCUCAGCAUCCAGUACCAUUCAAUAUGUCGCCUGGAAGCAGAAUCGACGCGCCUGUCGUGGCACGUCCACUCGCGCGAGGCGAGCGUGGCGCAAGCGGCAGCAGAUUACUUGUUCGCCGGCCUGCAUGGGAGACCUUUGGGGACGCUGAGGGUGCCGAACACUUGCCACAAACACCGCGUGCCGCGAGUGCCGGGCCAGCCUUCGCGCCAUGGGCGAGCCCGUUCGUACCUCCGCCGAAUCUAACUCCAGAGUACCCUACGCCGUCGUCACGAAGGGGCUCGUCUCGUUCCGUCGUGUUGCCUAUGCCCCCGUUUCGCGAAGCAUCAGGCGAGUGCGGCGGUUCGUCCUCCAAUCGUUCCGAGGGCGAACACCAAGAGACGGCACAAGGGACCACGGUCAGCGGGUCUCGCCGUGGCCGGAAACGGUCUCGAGAGGACCUGAUUGCAUCCGGCGAUGAUCUCGUACCCUGCUCUUCUCUGUCCCCUCUCCGUUAG